AGAGGGAGUACGAAAGACUAUUGGCGAUGUGCUGAAGGAGAUGGUGCCACCGGCCGAGCUUCCCAUUGUCCGCAUGGUGGUGGGUGAGGAGAUCUUUGGCGCCAAUGAGCAACUGGUGUCUGAGCUCGACGCUCUCCGCGACAUGUGGCGGAUGUUGAGGGAGGCCAACGAGGGACGUUAUGCCGAGGACGAGGCUCUUGCUGCUGGUGGUACUCCACGUACUCGUCCGCAGACUCCGCUGAGGGGUCCACGGAAGCAUGUCCAUGCCUCGCUUGCCGCCCAGUUGCGGGCGGUGCUCAACGGCGACGUCGACCAAGCCGCGCUCCCGCCGCCAGACUCUGCCCGCGAGGCUGAGAUCAGAGCCAUGCUUGCCGACCCUGGAAAGAGCAAGACCAGCGAGAGCGCUCGGCGGGAUGCUCUUGGCGGCCGCCAUGCGGUCAAGGCCUCAGAGUCGGCGGACGAGGUCGUGGCACUGCAGCCCGAUCUCACUGCUCUCCGCGUCGACGCCGUCAAGCCGCUGCUGCUUGAGGCGCUGGCACGGGAGCACGCCAUUCUUCUUCAAGAGGUUGCGUACUUGCAGGCCUGCCUCGAGGCGGAAGUCGCGUAUAAGCCGCCGCCCGCGCCGCCAACCCUCGAUGAGCUCCGAGUGCUCGAGGGCAAGCUCAUGCCCAAGGGUGCCGCCGCCACCACCACUGCUGCCCCCAAGAUUGAGUCAAAUCGGGCUGCCGUCAAGCUAGGCCCAGUCCGCGGGCCUGUUCCUCUCCGGAGGCGUGGCCGGGCCGUCCGGCCGGCCGCUGUGCCGAUCGCACCCGGCGGCAAACUGCCGUCGCCGCCGCCGGGCCGACGUCGCAACUGA